GUAGGCUGGCAGCGAAUUGUUUAGCAGCAUUUAUUCCAGUAAUCUAUAAAAAUCGUUCGAGAAUGGCGUAUAUUCGAAAUUUUCUGAAUUCCCCAAAUGGCUGGAGUCGACUCAAUGAAAAUAUCAAUCAAAUAAACGCGCUGAAUAGCUGCUUCUAUUUCUUCAGCUUAAAAACGGGCUGCAAGUUGAUAGCCGUAUUCGAGGCCUUGGUAAAUGUGCUCCAAAUGUACAGCAUUUACAUCACGGAGAUGGAGAUCAAGACCACAACCACGGAGUCACCGGACUCGCUGUUGGUCACCAGGGAACCGGACGGAGAUAUGCUGGGACCCAACACCAUGAUGCCGAUGUUUGAGAGCAACCUCUACUUCCAAAGGGCACUCAGCUCGUUGACUAUCUUCAGAUCCUUGCUGCUUAUCAUAGGUGCUGAAUGGAGCCACUUAUCCUGUCUCGUCCUUUGGAUUUGCAUUACGUUCAUCACCUUGCUAAUCAGCACUUGUAUUGAUAUCAUACAAAAUGGCAACCUGCCGACCCUGUUUAUUUCUACUAUUUCAAUUUUUCUCGAAAUCUAUUUCUGCGCAGUGGUUGCCUCGUUGGUUUUGAAGUUGCAGCAAAAACUUCGUCGUAAUGUGCAAGAAUCGGAAGUCCUUUACACGCGCAACGAGGAAGUUUAAUUAACGCGGAAUAAAUGAAUUAUACUUUUA